CAAGCAAGCACUGUGAAGAAGGACCGACAAAAGACUUGGAGUCAGAAGGGCCCUCAAAAGUGCCCCAUAAUACGAAGGCUAUGGGCGGGCGCGGAGGCGGGUCGUGUGUGGAUUUCGUGGGGAAACACCAACCGCUAAGCGGGCAGCUUCGCCAAGUGAAGAUAGAUCCCGGACCAUCGAUCACCGAGGCUGCCCCGACUGGACGCGCGAAAAGACGCGUCUGGACAACAAACAACCGCACCACGACGACAUGGUCAGCAUCAAGCGAGGAAGAGACGAAACUGAAGAGGAAGGAACACCGCGCAAGCUCCGCGCCCGCAUUGCCGAUGACGAGGCCGGUACCGACUCAGACGCCUUUGAGGCGCAGACACCGUCGCGGCGGGCCAGAAAUCAGCACCUGGCGGACGUGGGCACGCCCAAGUCAAUACUGAAGAAGACAAGCACGCUCAAUGGCAUCAAUGGCGUCAAUGGCGCUCAUGCCGCAACGCCCAAGUCGAGUCGAAAGCUGCUGUUCGAGACACCCACCAAGUCCGCCAACGGCGACACACCGAAUGGGACGCCGACAAUUGUACGCAACGCCGAUCGCAGCGCAAGACGAAAGAGCAAUCGGCGGAUACUCGAGCACGCGGCACACGGGGAGGAGAGUGACGACGAGGCCUUCGAUGAGGAGGCGACGCUAGCAGAAGAGAUCCUGGAAUCGGAUGGGGGAGCAGUAGAGACUGUGGAAGAGGCCUCGCCAGCAGAGGUGCCGGUUCCAGAGACGCCGUUAAAGCGUAAGAGAGGCCGACCGAAGGGCUCGGGCAAGAAGAAGCCAAAGUCACCCACGCCGCCGGCCGAACUGCCGCCGCAUGAAGAAUACUUUUGGCAGAAUCGACCCGGUGGACUAAAGACCUCGAACAACACGCUCUCUGCACAGAGUCUACUCAAUCAUGACGAGUACUUUCAGGCGAUAUCUGGCUACGAAGACCCCCAUCAGCCUGAGAUGGAUUUCCUGCUGGAGCUGCACAGCCGUGCCUUUAGUCAGUGGAUCUUCGAGCUCGAGGAGGGCUUCAAUAUUUGCCUCUACGGCUACGGGUCGAAACGCGCCAUCACCGACAAGUUUGCGGCACAUCUGUACCACCACCUGUCAGAGAUGGCGCCCUUCAAGGGUUCCAAGAGGACCCCAAAGAUCGCGGUGAUCAACGGCUACGCUGCGGGCACUACACUGAAGGAGCUUCUGACGACCAUCGUCUCGAUCGCAGUAUCCAACACUACCAAGCUGCCCAACCAGCCGGCGGUGUUGCUUGACUUUCUGCUCGACCAUCUUUCGACGAACCCACCUUUUCACCCGAUACCCGUCAUUCUCAACUCGAUCGACUCGCCGUAUCUGCGGAAAGCUCCAGUACCUUCGAUGUUGGCUCGCCUCGCUGCUCAUCCGUCCAUCAGCCUCAUUUGCACAGCGGACUCACCAAACUUCCCGCUGCUGUGGGAUGUGGGUCUGAAGACGCAAUACAAGUUUCUCUUCCACGACGCGACCACCUUCGCGCCAUACGAUGCGGAGAUAGACGUGGUAGAGACUGUAAACGAGCUGCUUGGGCGCAGUGGCCGGCGCGUCAGUGGCCGGGACGGUGUGGGCUUUGUCUUGCGCUCGCUGCCUGAGAACGCGCGAUCGCUGUACCGCAUCCUCGUGAUGGAGCAGCUCGCUCUGGACAUCAUGGAGCAAGGCCUUGAUGACGAAGACGCAGUCACUGCUACACUGAAGAACAAGAAGGUCGCACAAGCCAAAACUGCUGUCCCUGAGUCGAACCAAGGCGUCGAGUACCGCGUGCUGUACCACAAGGCGGUGCAGGAGUUCGUCUGCUCCAGCGAAGUCGGCUUCAGGACACUGCUGAAAGAGUUCCACGACCAUCAGAUGAUCGAGAGUCGGAGAGAUGCCAUGGGCACGGAGAGAUUGUGGGUGCCGUUUAAGCAGGAAGAGUUGGAAGGGUUGGCAGAAGACCUCGCCAGCGAUGCGUUUUGAGCGAAAUGCAAAUCGACAGCGGUAUUGACGUUCGCUCUUUCGCCCAUCUUCACAGUCAUCAAAGUUGAGCCAGCACCCAGUAAUCUCGACCACGAUGUAGCAUCCGCGGAACAUCAUUCGGCGUGCAAUGGGCAGACCAUUGGACCCCGCCAGCAGAAUCUUCGCAGCAUCUAAUGGCAGCCAAGUGCAGAAGCCCCACCAAUAUAUUUGCUACAAUUUUCACUCUUACCAUCAAACUGGU